GACAGUAUUUUACUUUUACAACCACAGGCAAUUGCAUUAUUUUACGACGUAGCAAGAAAUUAAUGGCAAAAAUAAUAAAGAUGGCGAAUUACUUAAUUCUUCUUGGAGCAUUUGUCGUCAAUGUUAUGUCAUACAACCCUUUGUUGACGUACACUUUACGUUUUAAAAAAAUGCAAGUACAUAAUAACAUGUCUAUGGAUGAUUAUAAAAUCGAUCGAUACAAAGACGGUGAAUAUAUAAAUGGUAAAAUUAAAAUAAAUUCGAAAGAAAUUAUUAAAAAAGUAAUAGCGGUAUUUUAUCGUUGUGACUCAGAUGGUAUAAACUGCGAAUACUUCCAAACGUGGAAAUUCGCAAACGUUUGCGAUCAAUUAAAGGAGAAGAAUCAAAUAUGGUCCCGAUGGUACGCCUCGUUUGAUCCACCAGCGGUUUGUCCAUUAAACAAAGUUACUUAUCAAAUAAAAAAUGCAACAAUUGAUGUUGGCGCAGCACUUCUGUUGUAUCCUCUAGUGACCGAUUACCAAUGGAAAGUAAAUCAAAAAUUCUACACUGAUGAUAUAUUCGUCGGUAGUUACAUGAUAGAAUUCUAUUUUUUUGGCUACAGAAAAAAAAUUAUGUCAAUUUUAAAA